AUAUCUCAUAUCUGUUGACGUCUGAAGUUCGAGACUAUGCGAGCCCUCGUACGCCACGCCUCGUAAAAUCCUCGGCAUUAUUCGGCAACGUCCGCUAGCCCUCGGCAAUUUUCGUAGUGACGAGUUCAUCAUGGCGGACAAGCUUCCAUGGGGCUUGAAAAGUGAGGGCCUAACUCCAGGCUCUAUGAAGAAUGUAAAGAAAGGUACUGGUACAUCCAUGUUGCAGAGCAUUUCUGAACAGAAGCUGAAGGCCUUCAGCGUCGGGCGGAUGAACCAGAAGAAAACACUCAGCAAAAAGGAGCAAGAGGAACUCAAGAAGAAGGAGGAGGAAAAGGCAGCAGCUCAAGUUUUUGAAGAGUUUGUGGCAUCAUUUGAAGACAGCGCAAGUCAAGGACCAAAAACAUGGGUUCGGGGGAAUACUAUCAACCCAGAAACCAAAAAAGAAACUACUUCUUCCAAAAAAGGAGCCCUGUACAAGCCUGCUUCCAGACUACCACUCCCGGAACCUUCCAUCUCUGCUAUCAUGAAACGAGAGCAAGAGAAAAAAGCGGAGACAGCAAAGAAGAAGAAAGAAAAGGAUAAGAAGAAAAGUAACCUGGAACUGUUCAAGGAGGAACUAAAGAUUAUACAGGAAGAGAGGGAGGAGAGACAUCGCCUGAAAAAGCAGAUGUUUGGGGUUAGCGACCUGGCGGGGCGGCAAAGCAGAUUCGAACCCCUCAGUGAGACUAGUUUCUUAUCUCUCAGCAAACCCACGAUGCUGGAGGACUACCAGUCUGGAUCUCACGAUACAGGGGACCCAUCAACUACAAACUUGUAUAUAGGAAACAUUAACCCAAAGAUGACAGAAGAGAUGCUGUGCCAGGAGUUUGGGAAGUUCGGACCCCUAGCUAGCGUGAAAAUUAUGUGGCCCCGAACGGAGGAGGAAAGAGCCAGAAACAGGAACUGUGGCUUUGUAGCAUACAUGAACAGAAAGGAUGCAGAGAGAGCACUAAACGCGCUGAGAGAUAAGGAAAUUAUGAGUUUCAAGAUCCAGCUGGGCUGGGGCAAGGCGGUCCCCAUCCCUCCUCACCCUGUGUACAUUCCUCCAGCCAUGGUUGAGCUAGCCCUCCCCCCACCCCCCUCGGGGCUGCCUUUUAACGCACAGCCCAAACAGCCGCUCCCUCCGGACAAGCGCCCGCCCCCCGGGAUGAUACUGAACGGACCUCCCCCCGGCAUGCCCCAGGAGGAGUUUGACCAGACCUUGUACAACGCCGUUGUCAAAGUGGUUAUCCCCACAGAAAGGCCGCUCCUUCAACUGAUCCACCGUAUGAUCGAGUUUGUCGUUCGCGAGGGGCCCAUGUUUGAGGCUAUGAUCAUGAAUAGGGAGAUAAAUAACCCUAUGUUCAGGUUCCUGUUUGAGAACCAAAGCCCUGCACACGUGUACUACAGAUGGAAGCUCUUCUCCAUCCUGCAGGGAGAUUCCCCACAAAAGUGGAAGCCACAAGAAUUCCGCAUGUUCAAAAGCGGGUCCCUGUGGCGGCCUCCUCCCAUGAACCCUUACCUACAAGGCAUGCCCGAUGAUGUGGUUACCACAGAGAUGCACGACGAGCCAAUCAAACGUGGAGCUCUGAAAGACAAUGACAGAGACAAGUUAGAGGACCUUCUCCGUGGCCUGAACCCUGAGAGACCUAAGGUGGCAGAAGCCAUGUUGUUCUGUCUGGACCAUGCUGAUGCAGCAGAAGAAGUGGUGGAGUGUAUUGCUGAGUCCCUGUCUAUUCUCCAAACACCCCUGCCAAAGAAGAUCGCCCGGCUGUACCUAGUGUCAGACAUCCUCCACAACUCAUGUGCAAAAGUGCCCAACGCCUCCUUCUAUAGGAAAUUCUUUGAGGGAAAACUGCCCGAGAUUUUUGCAGACGUCUGUGCUGCCUACAAGAACAUUCAGGGUAAAAUGAAGGCAGAACAAUUUAAGCACAAGGUGAUGAGUUGUUUCCAUGCCUGGGAGGACUGGGCCGUCUAUCCGGAGAGUUUCCUUAUCAAACUACAGAACAUCUUCCUGGGACUGGAGACCCUGUCUGAUGAGGCAGACACAGAAAAGGGAGGAGACACACCACCCACUGGUGCUACCAGGGAACUGUUGAUGCCAACACAGCCCAUUCAGGACACCAAGGCCAAAAAGAAGGAAGAGAAGGAGGAGAGAAGGGUGGUUGAAUCUGUCCCCAGUACAGCUGUGGAGAUAGACGGUGUGCCCAUCAUGGCCAAGGCUGGCCUGGACGGAAUUCUCCUAGAUGUGGACGGCAUUCCGAUCAAGGAAGGAGAAGACAUAGAUGGAAUCCCCAUAGGAGUCAGUGAGAAUGUGGAUGGGCUGGUCAUAAAGGUGGAAGACAUAGACGGAAAACCAACUCUGUUGCCAGAAGUCAUUGAUGACGACCUGGAUGGACAACCCAUGAAGGAAGAACCAGUCUUCAAGGUGGCCCCAUCUAAAUGGGAAACUGUGGAUCCAUCUGAUAUAGAGGCACAAGCAAUGACAACAUCUAAAUGGGACCUGUUGGAGCAACAGGAUGAGGAUGAUCCAGACCAGGAUGACAAAUCACAGGGUGACUCUCCAGACAAACCAGGCGAUGAUGAUGAUGUGGACGGGAUGCCCAUGGAGGACGAUGGCCAGGAUUCCCUGGGGAGGGACUACGACUCCAGAAGGGAGGUCCCACCUGACAUCGCCGCGGAACUCAAGAUGACAGAAAUGUCCGAGGAGAAGAGAGCGCGACUCCGGGAAAUCGAAAUGAAGGUGAUGAAGUACAUGGAUGAGCUGGAGUCAGGGAAGCGGAGUCGGAAGUCUGGUAUGUCCAUGUCACAACAGGUCCAACACUACAGAGGCAAGCUGCUGGAGAGGGAGAGAGAGAGGGAAAUUGAGAAGAUAAAAGAAAGACACCGGCUGGAGAGGCUGAAGGAUAAAGAGGAGGUGUCGUCGCAGGAUUCCUCGCCUCACCGCGAGAAGAAGCGCAGGAGAAGUCGGAGCCACUCUGCGAGCCCGUCGCCGGGGAAGAGGUACAGCUCCAGGUCGGGGUCGCCGAGGUCGGAGAAAUCGGAGAGACAUAGAACGGAGAGACCAGAAAGAAGAUCAAGGUCACAGUCUGGCUCACCAUCGUCUCACAGGACAAGUUCCCCAACCUCCACUAGCAGUCGCAAGAAAAAACGCUCCAAGUCCAGGUCGCCCAGAAGGUCACGCAGGUCAAGGUCGCCCAAGUCUCCCCGAAGGUCGAAGAGCUCCAGGUCCCAAUCCCCAUCCUCCGCCAGGAAACAUAGUGUCAAGUCCAGGUCUAGAUCCCCGCACAAGAAGUCUAGUUCUCACAAACAUAAGAAGAGUAAACACUGACCAGUGGUGUUGUAGUUGUUAUUGAACAGACAUGGAGAUUAGGCAUACUGUAGGUAUACAUUGCAAAAGUCACUCAAGCUACUUGAUAUAAGUAUCAACGGUCAGACAUUUCAGAUAGGAUCGGUCAUCAAAAUGUACAUGUGCAUGACAAAAGAUGGCAAAUGUUGUCUGAAACGUCUGACCGCUAUCUAGUAGUUUGAGUAGCUUUUGCGCUGUGUAUCUCAUAACUUGGAUGUCUAACCUUCAUCGACAUAGUCAUAGGUAUGCUUGUCUCAUGAAACAGUUCAAACAUAAAGAUAAAGAAUGGACUAUUGUAGUUUUGUAUAAAGUUGUUUGUGUAUAAAAUGUUUGGGAACUAAUUCAAUGUCAAUCAUAACAUUAACUCACCCAGCCUGUCAUUAUAUGUGUUGAAAAAUCGUUAUGUUUUUCUUUAAGUCAAAACUCUAGCUUUCGUUAAGUGUGAUUGUUAAUGUCAAUUCUACAUGUAUAAAAGCAGGGAUCUAUGUUUAUGGGGAGAAUGCCCACACAUGUACAUGUAUCAUGUCAAACUCUAAGGCCACUUUUUCUCGGUAGAUAUACCUGACAUUACAAUGUGUAAUUACAAAUACAUAUGCAUUUUGGCGCAUUUGCUCAAAGAACAAUUGCACCUUUCCCAAUGCCUUUACGAUCUUUAUUUUCUGUCUGUAUUGACAGAAGAACUUACAGUGUUGUAGCCGUUUAUAACAUAUGCCUUUCAGUGUCACUAGACAAGUCCUUUUGUACACAUGGAAGCAACCAGCUAGGGAAAAUAGAAGAUAUGGAAUGAUAAAAUGUUUAUAUCAAACACCAAUUGAACAGUGAUCUGUUGAUUAAAUCUGAAUUGAAAAUUAAACCGUAUUGGAACUCUCA